AUGGAAAUACCUGAAAAUCCCCCAAUUCCAAUUCUCAAGGAAAGAUAUAGCAAAUUAAAAUUUACAGAUCCUACAGAAGCUGCUAUAUUUAUUGCAAAAGAUUCAUAUAAUUCUUUUUAUCCAUUAAAUUUUGAGCAAGGAAAAAAGUUUCGUUGUCCUAACUGCCAAUUUUGCAUGGAGCUUGUAAAGACUCAUGAAAAUGGUCAACUUUUCUUCAUUCCAGUAAUUAAACACGAGCAUAGAGCAAAGCAAUGCAAGCCGAGUAACAAUAUACCAAAAAUUCUUAAGUUGCAAGCAGGAAAAAAAGUCUAUGAAUUAGCAAAUUCUGAUAAUGUUCCUCAAUGCAAAGAAAUUUUUGCAAAAGAAUUGAAUAUUCCCAAUGCAACUUAUACGAUGUUCCAUAAUAUAGUAAAUAAACUUAAAGGAACCACAAAAGGGGAUAGAAUUCAAUCUUACAAUUAUUUCUCAACAAUUUUUUCAAUCAUAAACAAAAUCGAACAAGGAUUCUGCGAAAUGAUUUUAGUUAAAGAAGUUAACAAUGAAAUUGAAUUGCAUACAUUUAAGAAAGGUGAUGAAUUACCUGAAAAUUCAAAAGACUUUCAAAUUUAUUCAUUUAUUGUAAUUCCUCCAAUAACUCAUUUUUACAUGCAAACACAAGCUUUUUGCGGAAUAAUUCAAAUUGAUGGAACGUUUUUAUUUUGUAUUAAAAAAGGAAACUUACUCAUUAUUGGUACACCUGCACCAAAUAAUAGACUUAUCCCUAUUGCAUUUGCAUGGUCUGUUAGUGAAAAUACGAUAACAAUUAAGGAUAUGCUCACUAAAUUGAAAUCUUUUAUUCCACCAAGCAGAUUCAAGAAUAUUUAUUCCGAUCAAGGUCCGGCAAUUAUAGCUGCUGUUAGAGAAUCAGGCUUUUCUUGCGAUCAUAAAUUUUGCUUACGUCAUUUUGCAACAAAAAGGGAAUACAUCAAUGUCUAUUCCGAAAUUGUUGAAGUCGCUUACGCAGACCAUCCUCAAAAACGAAUUGACUUGAUUAAAAAGUUAGAAACUCGUUUACAAGAGGAAUAUCCAAACCGCGAAAAUAAUCAGGAUCUCUUUAAGUACUUAGAUAGUAUUAACCCAUUUGAAGGAUUCGCUGACUACACCGCUGGCAUACUCACAACAUCUCUUAUUGAAUCCCUUAAUGCCGAAAUUAAAGAUAAAUGGGAUA